CAGAAAGAGGGAAAACUGCUGGAGAUUGAGAAAUGCAUUGAUUUCGCAUGUCGAGGACAGAAAGGGCGAGGGACAGAUGUACGUGUAUUUGACCUUAGAACUCGAGCAGAGACAGGUCUGAGGAGAAGAGCAUGCAACUAUGGGAGGGAGAUCCGGGCAGAGAAAAAUCUUAUCCCUGAGAAAAAUGUGAUGGAAGAAAGGAGGAGGGGAUGAGCAGCGCCAGGACGGGCUAUUUAUACAAAGGCAAGAAAAGGCAGGAGGGAGGAUGAUGGGAACACUGACAGGUCGGGCAAAUCGGGCUGCGACGAAAAAGUGUGAGAGGCAUUGGAGAGGCCUGGGGCGAAUGGGACGGGCGCGGGCUAAUAUCUGGAAAUGCUUAACAAUAAGGCAAGUACAGGUGUCAAGAACAGGGGAAGUCGGGCUACGGGCUCGCCAAGAUUUCCUGUUGCAACUGCGCUGCGUGGCAGCAGCUGCACACAAAGACCGGAAUUAAUGUGUAUACAAAAUCCACGAAGUCUGGGUCACAAGCAAGGGCCCGAGCUGGGCAGCCGCGGGGCAGGGCGGGGCAGGGCCGAGAAAGAGGGGCAGAGGAGGAGGAGGAGGAGGAGGGCAGUCAGGGCAGGCAGGCAGGGCUCUGCUCUGCUCUGCUGGAGCUGGAGCGCGGGCACGGGGGCAGCAAUCGAGCGCAGGGCACGCGCGGGUGGUGGUGGGGUGAUGGGGUCAUGAAGUGCCGCAAGUGCAGCUGGGCUGCUGCCCCUUUCUCUCUCCCUCUCUCUCUCUUUUCUCUCUCCCCUGCCCUGGCCCUGUGCUGCCCGGGGCCGGUCCGCUGGUCUUCGCGAGAGCUUGUAGCUCCGUUGCCCGGUCCCGCCCCGCGCUCCGCUCUUCGUCCUCGUUGCUCGUGUCGCUGCGUGCGUCAAGGAGAGAGGGACGCUUUCCCUCGGACACUCGCAGGCACACAGAGAGAGCGAGCGAGAGAGAGAGAGGGAGGGAGAGAGAGAGAGAGACGUCCUCUCGGAGAGGACCAGAACAGGGAGGAAGGGUCCGCGAGAGGCAGGCGAGCGAGAGAGAGAGAGAGCGUGUGCGUGCGUAGGGAGGGAGGGAGGGAGGGAGUGAGUGGAGUGGUCGUCGGUGCCGUCCAUCGCUGGGAGUAGUUCUGGACGGGAUGACAGCAGGGAGGAGAACUCGAGGGGGAGGAGGGUAGGAGGAGGAGGAGGAGGAGGUGGUGGAAUUGACGAGGUCAGGGCUCGGAGCAAGCAGGAAUUGGAGCGAGUGAGCGGGGGAUUGUGUGUCUGAUUGGGUCGAGGAGUGAGAGGAGAGGAGGAGAAGGCCGAGGGGGAGACGAGGACGCGGACGAGGUCGAUGUGUUGCUGCUGGUUGUGAGCGCGGAGAGGAAGAGGAAGAGGAGGAAGAGGGCGAGCGAGAGUUGCGGUUGGUUUGAUGACGGCCGGUGCUUGAGGAGUUGUUAGGCGACCAAGUGCUCGGGGAGGCCGACGGUUGUGCUCGUGCUCGUGCUGGGUCGUGUGCUGGGAGGGAGAGCGGACGAGGAGAGAGAGCAGAGCGAGCGAUUGGAUUGCAGCGCGACGAGAGAAGGUGACAGGAACGGCGACAGGCGCCCGGAGGAGGGAAGGGACCGCAAGGGAAGGUAGGGGCGAGCGAGCGAGCGAGUGGCGGGAGGGCGGGGCGGGGGAGAGGAGAAGACGCUAGAGGCAGGAGAAAGCCGAGUGGGAUGCAAGCGACUUCGCCGGCCUCGGAGAUGACGGACGCGCGGUUGACGUCCGCGGCCGCGUUCGUCGAAGGAGGCGUGCAGGAUGCCUGCGACGAUGCGUGCUCAAUCUGUCUGGAGAACUUCUGCGAGAACGAUCCUGCCACGAUCACCAAUUGCAAGCACGAGUAUCACCUUCAAUGUAUUCUUGAGUGGUCUCAACGUAGCAAGGAGUGUCCCAUGUGUUGGCAGCCGCUCAGCCUUAAAGAUCCCGACAGCCAAGCUCUUCUUGCUGCUUCCGAACAGGAGAGGUUAAUGCGUCGACAAAGAUCAUCUCCCUUUUAUCAGCGUUCUCCACUGGAUGACACAGAGUUCCACAGAUUCGCAUCCUCUUACGGAGAUGACUCGGACUUGGAAGAUCGCAUCAUGCAGCAUUUGGCUGCCGCAGCAAUGGGACGAGCUCAGCAGUUUGCCAGAAGGGGCGAGCCUUUGCGCUUUAGGCCUUCCUCUGGUCAAGGACACCCACACUUCAUGAUCGUACCUGCUCAUUCAAACACAUCACCCAACCAUCUAGCGAAUUCUUUAGCUUCUACAGGGGGAAGUGUUUCUCCAACAUCGUCGACUACCCCACCCGAUGUGAUUAGUUUGGGCAGUAGUCCUGAUCAAGCUCCGGCCGGUCAAAACACUCCCACAUAUGGCCGGUCUGUUUCGGAGCCAUUGCGAGGAUCAAGAAGCGUGGAGAGUAGUUCUAUGGAUUCGUAUUCUCUCAGGCAGCGAGCUCUGUUGGAGCCUGUGGAGGAGAGCCAGCAAGGGACGUCAUCUUCAGAGCUUCAGUCGUUUUCGGAGUCCUUCAAGUCCCGAAUUGCUGCAGCUUCAUCAAGAUACAGGGAAUCUUUGACGAAGACUACUAGAGGUUUCCGCGAGCGACUUCGAGUACGAAACGGUGCGAUGGCGGAUUUGGGCGCCCGUGCUCGUGAAGUGAGUGCUGGUGUUGUCCGAGCUUUGGAACGAAUAUCACUUGAAUCAGCUGAUAAGAAUAGAGACAACAUCAAUGCCCCGAACUCGAGUGCUGGUAUAGACACGCAAGUAGGCACCACCUUGAACCAGUCAGGAACCUCUCGUGUGUCAGAUGGGAGUGAAGGCCAAGAGUGCUCUUCAAGCUCAUCGGGAGCAAAUGUGCAUGCCGGUAGUGUGACUGCAAGUUCAAGCAGAGUUGCUCCUCAGCCUAGCGGUGUUGAAGCCAGUCAUAGUGUAGGGAGCACACCUGCAAAGGCGCAGGGCAAUGAGGAGACUAGUAACCAUGGACAUGAUCUCCAGCAGACACCUGCUGCUGGUCCUUUACCUGUAUGAGUAAUUUUGCCCGGAGUGUGUCCAUCUUUGGUUAAAAGAAGGGCAUAUUAUCGUGUGCCGCAAGUCGUUUAUCGCGUAAGCUGCAUUGAGGUCCUUGGAGGUUGCUGCUUUUCUUCAAUAAAAUAACUCUAGUAGAACUAAUAUCAAAACAAAAGGGCUGUCAUGAAUACUAAGAUGUAAAUCGCAAAUUAUAAAAGUAUUGUAGAGGUGUACGGUAGAGAUGGUCUUUGAAUUAGCUUCUGUCAGGAGUUUCGAAACUUUUCAACUCGUUUCUGGGAGGAAACGUGAAGUCUUGAGCCUCGAAUUGACCAUCUCACCUUAAUCUAGGCUGUAUACUUGAGAACAAUUAGGAAAGAAGAUAUGUGUGCGUAUGAGUUUCGCACAUGUGGUGAAAAUGCUUAAUAGAAUGGGUAUUGCUGUAGCCAUCUCCUCGGCAGAUAAGAAGCGUUUGCAGAGGAAGGGGGUAUCUGAUAGUCACAUCAACAAGCCAAAGCUGGUUGUCAGUUGAGAAGUGAUGAUCGUUUGAAAGUCAUAGGGAGGAGGGUCACCAUUAACUAGUGACCUGAAGUUCAAGGCAUGUGUGAAGGAGAGUUCUGUACCUGUGUUAUCAGAGACAAACAAUGUUAAUAGUGGUCUCAACUUCGCCAUACGUUAGAACUCGAGUACGACUGCGUCCAAGGAGUGGACACUACUUUCAUAGGUUUGAGAGUCGUUCGGUUGGAAGUGGAUGCUCCUAGUCCGUAUGACCCGAGCUUGUUGAUGGGAGUAUGGUGAAAAGCAGCAGACAUCGCCGGAACUUGACGUGGAGGAAGCAAAGUUCCUAUCUCUUGUAUAUAGCUCCGUAGACCAUCAUAGUUUUGUUCUCUCUAGCUUUUUUGGAGGACGAGAUUGUCGCACUCAAGUGCCACUUUAGGAAGUGGAGAGAGAGGUUGCCGUCCGUCAACUUUGGAUGCUGAAUGGUGCUCUUAAAGGGCUUCCAGGUUCCGUGCAGACAGCUUGUCAUGUCUUGUCUUGUCUUCUGGGUUUAAUCCUGCUCAGUGCAUGUGAGUUGGUGAUCAGCUUUUUAUCCACCUUGGUAUUGAUUGAACCAGCACAAUUUCAUCACGUGAUUGUUUUGAAAGCCUAUUAUGGCCAGGUCAUGGCACAGUAUUUCGAUAUUCCUGAUAUAUAUAUGCAAUGUAUUCUUAAAGUGGAACGAUUCUGUCUCAUCAGUUUUCGGUGUAAGCGUUUCGUAGCAAUAUAAUUAGCAUAUGCCCUACACUAAGGUAUCUGAUUGUUCUGCUGCUCCCUGUCU